AGGAGAUUCUGCCGGGGAAUUCCCUUUUUGUCGCGUGGAAUCUUAUUAAUGUUUCUUGUGUUGAAUUUUUCUCGUUAAAUUUUUGCAUGGCGUCGAUAUAAAAUGUGUCCCCACUUCAUUCAUAAAAAUGGAUUUGAGAAUGUUAUUAAUAUAUUUACGUGAGUGAAUUGCAUCUUGGUUUUCUAUAUUGCAUUAAAAUUAAAAACUUACUGCACCGGUAUAGUAAUGGAAGAAAUUAAUGACCCUUUAAAUGAAGAAUGCCUCGCUAAUAAUGAUAUAGAUUUCUGUUCAUUUUAUUAUAAUGCUUUGAAACGGCUGUUAAAUAUUGACAACAAAGCAAAUGUUUCAUAUUUAUUCCGCUAUAUGAGAAUAUUCGAUAAAUAUUACGACUUGUAUUGCAAUGUGAAAUCGGAUGUUGAAGAAAAAGAUGAUCCUAUAAUAAAACUACUGAAAUGCACGUUGUAUUAUAGAUUUAUUUAUGUACUCCGAAAUGCUACAUUGUAUUCAAGUGCCAUUGCAUUUCACUUUCGGGAUAUUUAUAAACAAAAUCCAAACAUUGUUAAAAGGUUUAUUAUGAAAAAACAAGUGAAAAUAUGUUCAUUUGGUGGCUAUUCUGUUUCAGAUAUUGUUGCUGUAAUUACAGUUUUAAAAUCUAUUUCCUUAAACAUUGGCAUCGAGUUAGAUUUUCGAGUCACAAUUAUAGAUUCCUGUACAGAUUGGAAGAAUACAUGCAUCACACUCUUAAGUUGUCUUGAAGAAUUUGAAAAAGCCACAUGGAAGAUAAAUUUUAUUCAGAGUAAUCUUGCAGAUGAAGGAAGGUGGACACCAGAAAUGUUAACAGCCAUUCAAGAAGCUGAUGUGAUAACUUUUGUAAGAUACAUUUCAAAAUUGACCCAUAAGAUGAAAAUUGUAGAGAUGAUCUGUGACGAGUCACAAACACAAGCGAUGCUCUUCAUUCUCGACCACACUGUAACAAGUCAAGUAAAAAUAUACUUUGAAUGCGCUCAUUUGGACAAUUUCCAUUUAAUUCAUGUGGAAUUAUGCGACUGCCACACUCUUGACUUCGAAGCAGUCAGGCAUUUACGAAAUUUGUAUCAGAAACAUUUUGGCCUCGACAAGCACCUGCGAAGCAAUGUUGUUUUUAAUAAAUUUGUUAGUGUGUGGGUGAGGGCUUCACCAGAGACAGAUGCAAAACACAAGGAGAAUAUGCAGAGUAUUUUCCAGAAUAACGCAGAGAAAUACAACCCCAAACAGGACUAUUUGAGUACCAAUGAUCUUACGAAAUGGAAAAAUGUGCUUACGAAAGAAAAAGCAGCAGCGGGUUGGAAUACAAAGGGCAUCAAGAAAUUAGUUCGAAAGGAAGAAGGAAAAAGAAGUAACAUGUUUGGGGAAUUUAUUCGUCAGGAAAAACGAGUGCACACACUUCAGAAACAGUUGUCGACCGAAGUUCAAUCAGCUGAAAAUGAUAAUGAUGAUGAAGUUAGUGAAACAAAUGAAGACUCUCUGGAACGUUAUUUAGUUCAGAAAAGGCAAUAUGCUUUAAUUAAAAAAAGUGCUUAUUUUUCUUCUCUUCGUUCAAAUAAGUAAUGUAUAAUUGAAUACAUCAAAAAUUGAAGGCAGCUGAUAACUGUAUGCCAGUAAUUAUUCAAAUUUCAUGAAUUGACGCUUUAAUUGUUAAGCAUCUGAAGUAUAUAAUUGCAUGUAAUAUCGAAAAUUAAAUUUAAAUACUCAAUAUAAUAAAGAAUGAAUUAAUAUAAAUGACAUGUUAAAGUUAAAAAAAACAAACAAACUUUGAUUUUAAAUGAAAGCAUGACUUCCCAAGACGUAAUGACAUGUAGCUGUGAAAAUAGGAAAGAUGAACGAAGAAUUUUUAAAGUUAUUAUGACAUGUCAGUCUUGAUUAUUAAAAAUUAUUUUAACAUGAACACAAAUAUAAUUAAAUCUAUUUUUAAAAAUUAAAGACAGUUUUUUUUUAACCCAUUUGUUGUUGUUAAUUGAAUAUCCACUUUUUUGUUAUCGAGUGGGGCAAUAAAAGUAUCCAUCCUCUGCUUGAAAUUAAUAUAUAUAUUGAAGUUUUUGCUACUAAUAUUAAGAAUAUAUAUUUUUCUAUUCUUUUUUGAAACAUUUAGACUAAAGAAAUGAAUUACUUAGUAAAAGAUUGCUUAUUAAUAUGCAUUUUAUAUUAGGUUUUAUAUAAAUAAUAUGCAUU